AUGUCAAAUUCUAACCACAAUCAAGGCGACCAAAAUACCAAUUUCAUGAGCUCUGCCAGCAAGCAUACUCACAUAAAACGCAAAAAAAAUGAAAAAAAUUUCAUGAGUUCUGCCAGUAAGCAUACUCCAAUGAAACGUAAAAAAACUGAAAAAAAAGAUGAAAAAUUUUUGAAUAAAAAUAUGCUCACUCCUGAAAUUUGUAAAGAACGUUAUUCGCAAACAAAAUCUUCAAUUGUUGAUCCACAACCUUUUUACGAAAAUUUAACUGAUCCUAUGCAAGUGUUAUUUCCUAAGCAUCCUUUACCGUUAGAUGAAGCUAUUAAGAUGCUUGAAACGCUCAAAA